GUUUGCCAACAAAUAGAAAUGAAUUGUGAUGUUAAUUGUUUUCUAUUAAAUUAGUGAUUAUCUUAAUUUGAAUGAUGAUUAGAAUUAAUUUCUAAAACAAUUAGUCUCUAUUGUUCACCUGAAAUCAACGGCAACAAUUAACAUUGUUGUUGGGGUUGUGUGUUUUUUGUUACAAUUAAUUUUCAUGAUCAAAUCAAUUUCCAGUAACCAACCAACCAGCAAGAGAAAAUAAUAAAUAAUAUAAUAUAAUUAAUACACAAGUGAAUUAGUGAUUUAGUGAAUUAAUUAAUUUGUUAAUUACAAUUGUAAUUGAGAGUAAUGUUACUACAAUUAGGUGAUAAUUUAUCCUGUCAUCAAACUUUGUACAGAAUGUUAAUCCGAUUCCGUCUAUUCAAUAGAUGGUCAAAUUAUCGGUUAAUUGUUUUAUCUUCAUUCAUUUGGAUUCUAAUUGGAUUCAGUGUUCUUGUAUAUUAUAUGGAUUGUCUUGGCGAUUCUGGGACUAAUUGUAUAGGUGGUAAACAACGUAAACUAUUUGAUAAUGUUAAUAAUAAUAAUAAUAAUUUAAUUAAUUCCAAUUCUAAUUACAACUCUAAUAAUCUCGGAGACUCAUCAUCAUCUAAUGAACAACAACAACAACAACAACAAAUGAAAAACCUGAUUGGUAUUCAAAGUGAUAAUAGUGAUUUAAUAAAUUUUGAAAGUGAUAAUUCAUUAGAAACAUUAAUUGAACAUAAUUCAGUUCUACCUCCAUAUAAAUUACAACAAUUGAGACGCUGGAAACCCCCAGUUACAAUUAAUAAUCCAAGUUCAUGGCCAGGGGAAAAAGGUAAACCCGUUAGCAUACCCAAGGAAGAGGAGUCUCUGAAAAAUGAGAAAUUUAAACUAAAUCAAUUUAAUUUAUUGGCGAGUGAUAGGAUUGCUUUAAAUAGAUCACUUCCUGAUGUCCGAAUGGAUCUAUGUAAAAAGAAACGUUAUCCAAGCGAAUUACCGACGACAAGUAUUGUAAUCGUUUUCCAUAACGAGGCUUGGUCAACCCUUUUAAGAACAGUUCAUAGUAUAAUACGAACUUCACCUCGAACUCUUCUCGAGGAGAUAAUUCUGGUCGAUGAUGCAUCUGAAAGUGAUCAUUUGGGUAAAAAACUUGAGGAUUAUGUUGCAACUCUCAAUGUUCCAGUUCAUGUUUUACGAACUGGGAAUAGAUCGGGACUAAUAAGAGCUCGUCUUUUGGGGGCAUCUCAUGUGAAAGGUCAAGUGAUUACUUUUCUCGAUGCUCAUUGUGAAUGUUCAAAGGGAUGGUUAGAACCUUUAUUAUCACGAAUUCGAGAGGACCGGAGUCGAGUAGUUUGUCCAAUCAUUGAUGUGAUAAGUGAUGAUAACUUUGAAUAUAUUCCUGCAUCUGAUAUGACUUGGGGUGGAUUUAAUUGGAGACUUAAUUUUAGAUGGUAUCGAGUACCUCAACGAGAGAUUGAUCGUCGAAAUGGUGAUCGAAGUGAACCAGUAAGAACACCAACUAUGGCUGGAGGAUUGUUCUCAAUUGAUCGUGAUUACUUUGAAUAUCUUGGUAAAUACGAUGAGGGUAUGGAGAUAUGGGGUGGAGAAAAUCUUGAAUUAUCUUUCAGGAUUUGGAUGUGUGGGGGCACAUUGGAGAUUGCAACUUGUUCCCAUGUUGGUCAUGUCUUCCGUAAAUCGACACCUUAUACUUUCCCCGGUGGAACGACAAAAAUAGUUAACCACAAUAACGCUCGGUUGGCCGAUGUUUGGCUUGACGAGUGGAAAGAUUUUUAUUACGCAAUUAACCCGGCGGCGAAAAAAGUAAAUAAAGGUGACACCAGUGAUCGUAAAGAAUUGAGGGAAAGGUUAAAGUGUAAAAGUUUCCGUUGGUACCUUGAAAAUGUUUACCCUGAAUCUCAAAUGCCAUUGGAUUAUUAUUCGUUGGGUGAGAUUCGUAAUGUUGCCAUAAAUCAUUGUCUUGAUACUUUUGGACGCAAGAGCGGGGAAAACGCAGCAAUGAGUCAGUGCCAUGGGAUGGGGGGUAAUCAAGUGUUCGCUUAUACCAAAAGAAAACAAAUAAUGUCGGAUGAUAAUUGUCUCGAUGCUUCUAAUGGUAAAGAGCCCGUUAAAUUGAUCCGUUGUCAUGGAAUGGGAGGUAAUCAAAUGUGGGACUAUAAUACGAAAGAUCGGACAAUUGUUCACGUCAACACUGGCCUUUGUUUAGAUAAAUUUGAUCAGGCCAAAGACUCAACGUUACCGCAAUUAAUUGAAUGUGAUGGACGAAAAUCCCAACAAUGGGUAAUGAAUUCAAAUUUCAAAUGGCAAGCAACGGAUCACAAUAAUACCAAUAAUGGUGAAAAGCAUCAUGAACUUGGUGGUGCCAAUGAAUAAUAAUCUACCUGAUUAACAGAAUCGACAAAAUUGUUCUAAUUAAUUAAUUUUCUCGAGAUGCAAAAGUGUUUACCUAAUGGAAACUCAACAAUCUAUUGUGCUCACCAUUCACGAUCAUGUUUAACAAUUAAGUUAAACAUUAAACUUAUUAAGUUUUCUCUUCCAAAAAUUAUCUAAAUUGUGGUUAAUAUAAUAAUUAACUGCAGCUGAUUAACUUGCUCAUCUUCAACAAUAACAAUAACAACAACCAACAUCAUUUAAUUGUUUACUUACAUAUAAUAUUAUUAAUACAAGAAAGGAAACUGUAACUUCAAGUCAUCAAGUGUAAUUUAAACGAUGAUCAAAGUAUUAAUUACCUUUGAUUAUUAUCGUAACCAAACGGGCUAAUUGUGAUUAAGAUUUUGAUCAAGAUUAAAUGUUGGAAAGACACAAGAAAAGGAUUCAACUAAUUCCAAUUAAAUGUUCAACAUUCCUUCAACCAUCCAACAUUGAAUCUCAGCAAUUAUCAUCAUCUUUCUCAUCAUCUCUCUCAUCAUCUUCGUCUUCUUAUUCUUGUUUUUUUUUGUCCAUCUCGCAUGAACGAUUGUUUCAAUUUCAUCAUUAAUUUAAUUCGUAAUCAAUUGUGCCUUUUAAUAGAUUAACGCACCACAAUUCAACUAAUCAACCACAACAACAACAACAAUUAUUGGUUCUCCAUUUUUAUUAAUAACUUCAUAAUUAACCAUUUUGAUUCAUCUAACAAAUUGCUACUUAAUCUACCUGAUUAAUUAAUUGAUAUACAUUUAUAAUCAUCAAUAUAUUUAUGGUUUCACUCAAAAUCAAAUUGCUCUUCGUUAACUUAAUCAUGUCUGAUCAAAUUACAUUAAUAGUUAGAGAAAAGAAAAUCUCUUGAUAUUAAUUUUCUUUCAAUUUAAUUGUUAGAAAUCAACUUAUUAUUAUUAGCUAAGAAUAGUUUAUGUUUUCCUAAUUACCAAUCAAAUGAAACCUUUUUUAGUUCCUUCUAAUUAAUCAAAUUUUUGAUUGAUCAACAUGAUUAAAGUUUCACAAUUUUGAUUGAGUUAAACCAAUAGAAAGUUUUAUGUAAAACAAUUUGAUUGAUUUCAU